AUGAGUCGAUAUAAUUACGACCAAAUUGAUCUCGACGGACAUGCGAUUCGGCUGCUCCGCCUUCUCCCUGGGUCGGGAUCCGAACAAAUAUUGUGUGAAAUCAUUGAAGCAUGGCUAUAUCCAGAGGAAAACCUUCUACCGUAUGAAGCUCUAUCCUACACCUGGGGCUCUGCGGAAGCACCAGAAAACAUUACUGUCAACGGAAAGCUCCUUGCCGUGACGGAAAAUUUGUAUAAAGCUCUUCAACAGCUACGGCACGACAACCAAGAGAGAAUACUCUGGGUGGAUGCCAUUUGCAUCAAUCAAGAUGACAAUAAAGAGAGGGGUCACCAAGUGCAACAAAUGGGCGACAUUUUCAAAAAGGCAGAACGGGUUAUAUUCUGGUUAGGCGAGAGCACGCCUUUAAUUGAUAAUGUCAUGGACGUAUUCAGUAGAAUGCAGCAGAUCAGCCUCAACUACUCUUACAGAAGGUGGAGUCAGGACGAUGAAAACUGGAGAUACGUUUGGAGGUGUUCCGUUGAGCCUACUCUGGCAAGUCUGGGAAGCCCGCAAUCAUUUUAUAUGCUGCAGCGAGGUUUUUGGCACAUCCUCAACCAGCCUUGGUUUACAAGAGUCUGGGUAUUGCAGGAAGUGACCAACGCAAGGGCAGCAGUAGUCUGCUGCGGCUCGAAGACUACUGCGCCAUGGCUUCUGAGCCUUGCUCCGCGUUUCCUUGAUGUAAAACCGGAUUAUCACGAGCAAGCUGUCGUCGAUGUCAUGCCGGGGCCGUGGAAAGGGUCAUCCUGGUGGAGCAAAAGCCAGGAUCUGUAUACACUGCUGACAAAAUUCGGAGACAGCCAGGCGACUGAGCCACGCGAUAUGAUUUACGCAUUGAAAGGCAUGUCUUCUGAUGCUAAAAAUGAACCAAGCCUGUACCCUGACUAUACCAAACCGGAGCGACAACUGGUUCGAGACGUCAUCCUAUUUAUGUAUCCCCUCAACGAGGAGCAUAUGGCGCUUGUUAACCCACCACUCACAAUCCGAGAUCUCAUCCGAGAUCUGAAAGGGUUAUGCAGGCGCAUCGCUCUCCAUUGUCACAAAGUCUAUUCCCAACAAGACACAAAGGCUCUUAUUCAACAUAAGUCACCCGAAAUCCAGAGUCAAAUAUUCGUGGAAUUGCUCUCUAGAGAUGGCAAUGGAGACUUUGUAAAGCAUCUUCUCCAGGAUUGGGGACUGAAAGUCAAAAUAGCCGAACAUCAUCUCACUAUCAUAGCUUGGCAGAUGUUGAGUAUGGAUAUGGCUGAGAGAGUCUUUCAUCUUAUGGACCAUGCCAUCAACCCGACAGUUACUACUCUGAUCAUGGCAGCUAAAAACGAGGAUUGCGGCGACAGAAUUAUUGAACUUUUUUCUCAACAUGUGAACGGUCACCUACGAAUAACGGAGGAUGUAAUAAGAGCAGCAGCUCUAAAUUAUGGCUGCGGAUGGAGAAUUAUGGAAAUAAUUCUUCGCAAUAAUCGAAAUCAGAUAUUUGUAACAGACGCCGUACUCGACGAUGUCACCGGUCGACUUAUUGACGGCGACGACAAGUUGACGAAACGGCUCUUGUUACAUGCGGUUCAAAUACCACCUUCCAAUACCCACGAUACUCGCCACGAGAAUAUGAGCGUGUGGCUCACAGAGAGUCUCUUGAUGCACCGUAAGAAGCUUUCCGAUACAUCUGAGUUAUUACACAGAGCAGUAUCAAAUUACAGCAAUGCUGGAAAGUUAACCCGUCUCCUGUUUCAAUACUGGGGGAAACAGAGUUUUGUCAUCACGGACGAUAUUCUCUGGGCAGCUGUAACAAAUAAGGAGGGCGGGCAUGACGCGCUAGCGUUCUUGUUCGAGCAAAUGCGAUAUGAGAUUACAAUCUCUCAAACGAUAGUCGAC